AUGGGAGGCAGCAGCAUCAACAACAACAACAGCCACAAAUUUGAAGACUCUGAGAAGAAAUCAGCACCUGCAGUGGCCCAAAUGAUAGGCUUCAGAGCCACCCUCACUUGGGUUUUUCUCACAGUUUCUGUUCUCUAUGUUCUCUACUCUUCCAACCACCUCCUCUAUGAUCGUCAAGAUUGUCCAACCGCCACGGCACGACAUCUUGAAGGCCUCUCCAAUGUCACUACCUCUGAUAUUAAACUCGUGGAAAAUAAAGAAGAAGAAGCCUCACAAGUACCUGCACUUGCACAAAGGCCUCAGAGAUUCGAUACGGAGCUUAAACACAUUAUGUUUGGGAUAGCAGCUUCGUCGAAUUUGUGGGAAAAGAGGAAGGAGUACAUCAAAGUGUGGUGGAGGCCUAAGGAGACUCGAGGGGUCGUUUGGUUGGACAAAAGAGUCAGGACUAGAAGAAACGAGGGACUGCCCGAGAUUCGGAUUUCAGGGGACACCAGAGGAUUUAAGUACACAAAUCGCCAAGGACAGAGAUCUGCAUUGAGGAUUUCGAGGGUGGUUUCGGAGACAUUGAGGCUUGGAGUGAAGGAUGUGAGGUGGUUUGUAAUGGGGGAUGAUGACACAGUUUUCAUGGUGGAAAAUGUGGUGAGAGUUCUCAACAAGUAUGACCACACACAAUUUUAUUAUGUAGGAAGCUCAUCGGAGAGUCACAUUCAGAACAUAUUUUUCUCAUAUUCAAUGGCAUAUGGUGGAGGGGGUUUUGCUAUAAGUUAUCCCUUGGCUGUGGAGCUGGAAAAGAUGCAGGACCGGUGCAUCCAACGCUAUCCGGGGUUAUAUGGCAGUGAUGACAGAAUGCAGGCUUGUAUGACUGAGCUGGGCGUGCCACUUACCAAGGAAACUGGAUUUCAUCAGUAUGAUGUGUAUGGAGAUCUGCUAGGCCUGCUGAGUGCCCAUCCUGUGACUCCACUGGUUUCCCUUCACCACCUUGAUGUAGUGGAACCAAUAUUCCCACACAUGACCCGAGUGAAAGCACUUCACCAUCUAUUUCAAACCGUCAAGCUCGACUCAGCUAGUGUUAUGCAGCAAACAAUCUGUUACGACAAAGAUCGAUACUGGUCCAUCUCCAUUUCUUGGGGUUAUGUAGUUCAAAUCUUUAGGGGAAUCAUUUCUCCAAGAGAACUAGAGACGCCCUCAAGGACUUUUCUGAAUUGGUAUAGAAGAGCUGAUUACACAGCAUAUGCAUUCAACACUAGGCCUGUCUACAAGCAUCCAUGUCAGAAGGCCUUCAUUUUCUAUAUGAACUCAACCCGGUAUGAUGAAGGUAGAAAGAAAAUUGUUGCUUACUAUACUCGUCAAAAAUUCCCGAUUCCUCACUGCCGAUGGAAAAUGGCCUCACCAGAAACAAUUGAUACUGUUGUAGUCUUUAAAAGGCCAGAUCCUCUUCGUUGGCAAAAGUCACCAAGGAGAGACUGUUGUAGAAUUCUUCCGUCACAAAAGAACACGACCAUGUACCUAAUGAUUGACUAUUGCAGAGUAGGUGAGGGAAACAGAAUGCAGAAGGCACUUGUUAGCUUUAGUGUCAGCGGAAAGUCAACAGAAGAAAAUUUGAAUAUUUUCAAUCGUGAAAUGAGCCAGCUACAGCUGGGAAUUCAUUGCUCUUACAUUCUAUGUAAAUUUGAUCCAAGCAAACCAUUCACUAUUCUUAUCUCUAUAAAUUCUAACUACAACAAGUUCCUUGCUGGUUCGUCGGCGCAAGGUCAAGCAAAACCAAGUAUAAACGUCUCAUAG